GUGGGGGAAUCAGCAGAGCCGAGGAGCUGCAGACAACCGGCGCUCAUUCACCGACAGAACAGCAGCAGCAGCAGCUCCGGUUGUUUCCCACAAAUAUAUAAUUUUUUUACAUUUUUAGAUCGUUUUCAGGAGGCGAACAGCUCCUCGGAACUCCCCCCGGACAUGCUGCCUCAGCCUGCCCGCGCCGUGAAGCGGGACGCCGGGGAAUAAGUGAGCGUCCGCCGGAUAAAUGCCCUGAGAAAGUCUCGGUGAAGUGAGCGGACAGACCGCGGCUGCCGGGAGAUGAAUGUGACCGGGAAGCAGCAGCCUGAGCUGAUCGAGAGACCCGCCAGCCUACCGGUGCCAACAUCGACAAAAUCAGGAAUUGCUUUGCUCUACAAUGAGGAGACCAACAAUACCUAUGAUGUCUGCCUGAAAUUAACCAGAGACGCAUUAACCAUACAGAAGCUGGACGUGGUUUGCACGAGUGGAACUGAAUCCCAAGUAAAUCACAGAACUGUUGUACUACGAAGACAAGCGACUGGCAGCCUGGGCUUAAGCAUCAAAGGAGGUGCAGAGCACAACGUGCCGGUGGUCAUUUCCAAGAUUUUUAAAGAUCAAGUAGCCGAUCAGACGGGGAAGCUGUUCGUCGGCGACGCCGUGCUGCAGGUCAAUGGCAUAAAUGUGGAGCACUGCACCCAUCAGGAAGUUGUUCACCUCCUGCGUACCGCCGGCGAUGAGGUCACCAUCACCGUUCGCUACCUGCGAGAAGUCCCAUCAUUUCUCAAACUGCCUCUAGGUUCUCCGGGGCCGGAUCACAGCCGAGUGGCCUCUCCGCUCUUCGACAGCGGCUUACAUUUAAAUGGAAACGGAAACAACGCGACGCAGUCACCCCCUUCGCCCUCAGCUAAUGAUCCAAAGUAUGAGAAACGCUGGCUGGACGCCGUCUGCCUGCCCCUGCUGAUGGCCAGAGUCUCCAGAUACAAAGCUGGCACGGAGAAAUUAAGGUCCAACUACUUUGAAGUGUUUGCCUUGGAUGGAGCCAGCACCAACAUCCUGCAGUUUUGCACCGCAGCAGAAAGCACAGACUGGCUCCAAGCGAUCUCCACGAACAUCAAUGAGCUGACGCAGGAGAACAUAAAAAUAAUCAACAAAUACUGCUCUGCAGAUGAUCAGAUCGUACACAUGGGAUGGGUCUGUGAAAGUCCUGAAGGCAGAGUCUCUGGUCGAAGAUCAGCGUUUAAGUUCCUGGCCCUCAGAGGACCAUAUUUUUAUAUCUUCAAAAGUCCCCCGGUCGGUGCUGCUGACUGGGGACAAGCUGAAACAUAUUAUAACCUCUAUGAGGUUCUUUUCAAGGUUCAUAAGCUCUGGAUGGCAGAGGACUGCUGGCUCCAGGCGAGGCUCUACCUGGGCCUGGAGCAUUCACCUGAGCAGCAGGACGGCGAGUCCCUUUGCUUCAGUAUUUUGGUCGGCCACGGCCAGAGCCACACCUUCAGGGUAGAGCUGGCCUCUGAGCUGGCCGUCUGGGAGAAAUCCUUCCAAAGAGCCGUGUUUCUGGAAGUGCAGCAAAUACGAUCCAAAAGCUACAUGUGCAGCAGCCAGGGGAGCAUACUGUGCUUCAUCAUAGAUUUCACUUCAGGCUUCACCUGCUCUGAAAACUCCUCAAAGACGGUUCUGUGGCGGUAUAAGUUCUCUCAGCUUAAAGGCUCCUCCGAUGAUGGGAAAACCAGGGUAAAACUGCUGUUCAAGAAUGCAGAAAACAACCAAAUAGAAAUGAAGGAACUUGAGUUUGCUAACCUAACAGCAGUCCUCCACUGUAUACACUCUUUUAUUGCUGCCAAAGUGGCCUCCAUGGACCCUCUGUUUAUGUGCAGUCACAGCUUCCCUGGAAGCUACAUGAACAGUUAAAGACUCGUCCUCAACGUGGCGAUGAAAUGAUCUUCUGUAUUUUACACACAGAUGUUUGUGUCGCUCAUAAUAUUUUUCUACAAACUGCUGAAAGUCUUUGUAACGGACUGUGGAGGGAGCUCGUGUGCGAACCAGACAGGAUUUWUUUUUAUUUUGAGACGGCAGCUAGAAACGAAGGUUCUUCCAUUUCUUUAAGUUUAUUAUUUUUUAGUUUUCUCAUAAAAAA